AUGAUAUCUUCUGACGAUUUGCCCGAGUUUGUGCUUUUCGGCGACUCGUUGACCGAAUGGAGCUUCGACGACAAGACGCAAGGCUUCGGGUUGUUCCUCGAACAGCAAUAUCAUGGAAAAGCACAGAUAGUGAACGAAGGCCAAGCAGGGUACUACACAUCCACCGACCUCGCCUUAGACUUCGACCGCAUCAUCACGCGCGCCGUCUCCCCACGCGCCCCACCCACCCUCCUCUUCACCAUCUUCCUCGGCGCAAACGACGCUUGCCUCGUCGCCGACAACAAAGAAUAUGUCCCGCUCUCCACCUUCGCAGCAAACAUCCGCACUUUUGUCGAAACAAUCCUGACUCAAGACGCCCUGUCCGCGACGAAAAUUGUGCUGAUCACGCCCCCGCCGAUCAACCGCCCGACGACCAAAUGGGGCGAGAAAUCAGAUUACGCAUACAAGACGUAUGUGAGUAAGAGGCGAUAUGCAGAAAAGAUUAUGCAGAUCGCGGCCGAGUAUGGCGAGACGGGGAGGGUGGUGGGGCUGGAUUAUUGGGGGUCGUUGAUUGAUGCUGCGUUGGAGGUGGAGGGGAGAGGGGCGGAGGAUCAGGCGGUUAAGUAUGGGGAGGAAAAGUUACCGGGGUGUGGGCUGGUGGGCGCGAAGGAGUUUGGGGAGGGCUGGUUUACGGAUGGAUUGCAUCUGGAUGUCAAGGGGUAUGCGGUGCUGUCUAAGGGGUUGAUGGAGGUUGUGGUGGGGAAGUGGCCUGAGUUGGCACCGGAGCGUCUUUGA